AAGAAUGGUCGUGCAGGGAGGGAAGGUGGUUGUAGCCAGCAAGGCCAACAAACCAGGACGACCGAACUCAGACGAACGCGACGGAGACGGCCUCAGCACCCCGCGCGUGCAUGCCCAACGAGCAUGAGCGUGGUGAAGACGACCCGGUGCGCGCGUGCGCAAGCGACACAAGCCUGUUAGCGCAAACUCACCAGACGCGUACGGGUACGGUGAGGCCAGCUUGUUACACACCGACACGACAUAAGCCCAGCACGACCCAACUCAGCAAGCAGGACCGCGAUGAACAAGGGCCUGCCAGGCACACUGCCAUCUACAUUCACCCCGCUCUCUCAUAUGCUCAGGCACUUGGGCACCCAUCUGUUUUCGCUCACCCGCUUACCCGCCUGGUCACCCACUCGGCUGCCUGGGAACCUGCCAGCCCACGCGAUCAAGACAAACCUGCGAAGUCAGCGAGCGCCGCGUGUGUUGGCGGACGUCCAUCCGCCUCUGCCAUGCAGGCGCUCGCUCUGUGCCCGCUGUGCACGAAGUCCGCGCCCACUGUGCGCAAACACGCCCACAAGCCUGGCCUUUCACGCCGACACCUUCUCAACGCGCUCGUGCUGCUCACACACGACAAACAGCAUCCGCUGCUGCCCAUCCUGGCCCAUUACUGCCCUGCCUGUCUGCGGGCUCGCCCACGCACUUGCCCGCCCGCACACGCUUGCCCAUGCACCUGCCCGCUUGUCCAGUACCCGCACACCUGUCCGGCACACCCGCCCACACGCCUCCUUGCCUCCUCGCUCGUCGUGAGCGUAUCAUCAUACUCACACCGAUUUGGGACCAACAUCAUUUAGAAUAUAUUAGGUUACUUCAUUAUAGUAUCUACAUGUACCCGGCGACACGAAAAUGUGUAUUUGCCUUUGUGCGGCU